AAAAACCACAGACCACAACAGCCUUGUCAAAAAACAAAAUAUCAUGAGAAUUUAAUUUGAGUUUGCUCGAGGUUUCCAACAAAUUCAUUGUGGACACGUGUACUUGUCGUAUUUAUUGAGUCAUCUUUUUUUGUUAUUUCAAUUACUCAGUAAAUUGUGAAAUAGUUCAUAGUAGUUGGUUAACUGUGAGAGUGACAAGAUGUCUGAAUUUAAAGAUUGGUAUAACAGUAUUCCGUUUUUCACUCGAUACUGGUUAACAUGUACGAUAGUAUUAAGUCUUAUCGGACGUUUUGGGCUGUUUAACGCCUCCUAUUUUAUUUUGGAUUACUACCCCUUCAUACACCAAUUCCAGAUAUGGAGGCCGAUAACAGCACUAUUCUUUUACCCAAUUACUCCAGGCACUGGCUUCCACUUCCUCAUAAACUGUUACUUCCUCUAUAGUUACUCUCAGAGGCUGGAGACAAGUAUAUUUGCUGGCAAGCCAGCUGAUUAUUUCUACAUGCUGUUGUUCAACUGGGCUUGUUGUGUUAUUAUUGGAUUGCUGGCUAAUUUAAUAGUUCUAAUGGAUCCCAUGGUUCUAUCAGUUUUGUAUGUGUGGUGCCAACUCAACAAGGAUGUCAUUGUAUCCUUCUGGUUUGGCAGCCGCUUCAAAGCCAUGUACCUGCCCUGGGUACUUUUGGCAUUUAAUCUUGUAAUUAGUGGAGGUGGAAUAAUGGAACUUUUGGGCAUCUUGAUUGGCCAUACAUCUUUCUUCCUGCUGUUUAAGUACCCACAGGAGUUUGGAGGACCAGCUCUUCUUUCACCACCUGCUUUCAUUAAACGUCUCUUUCCGGAAACUCGGUACGUCGGCGGUUUUGGCACCGCUCCUCAAGCGAGAGUACCCACUGGCGGUGGUGGUGGUGGCGGUGGUGUGUUCGGUGGCCACAACUGGGGCCGAGGACGCACGCUCGGAGGCAACUGAGAUAUGUGCACAGAAUACAAGGUCUAUGUGUACAUGAAUAUUUGGACUGAUUAACAUAGUGCAGCGCUCCAUAAAUUGUGCUCUGCAAAACCCCUGCUAGUCUAUCAUUCUAGCUGGACUAUGGCAAGACAUCUCAAAUCUCAAACUGUAUUUGAACAUGUGUAAUGUGCUAAAUCGGCUUAAGGUUAUUUUAUAAAACUUAGAUAUUACUGACUGGCUAGAUAACACAGUUUGUAUCACAGAAAAAAACGCCAUCUAUUGAAAGUAAUGUGAAUAGGAGAAAUAACCAUAAAAUAUCCUUUUUUUUUUUUAAUUACUGGCACUGUGGUGGACUGUUUCUUUAGGGUUUUCCGAAUUUUCUUUAUUUUUUGGAAACUUAAUUAAGAUCGUCAUAAGUAACCUAACAUCAGUAAGAUCACGAAAUUGAUUUGAAAGCUGUCUAUAAAGAACCUAUCAAGGCGCUGAUUUCAAAAAUCCACUCAAUAUGAACAAUUUAUUUAUAGAAAUUAAUAAGAAACUUGAAUUCCAUAAAAUUAUAUAAAAAAACAACUCGACAUAAUAUUAUGGAUGUUACUCGUUCAAGCUAAGAGAAAACAAACCAAUCCAUUAUGGAUUGGUUUGAAUUUUCACACAAUGUUGCAUUUCUCUCAUAACUGAUGGUUUUUUGUAUAAUUUUCUUAUCCCUAUGUUCCCAUGGGAAUGGGAAUUAAUAUCGCCAUUGCAUAGCGAGGCCGGGUACGUCUGUACCUUACGUAUAAGUCUAGCCAUAGUAUGGUACAGAUAACAGAUGUGUUUAUUCUAGAUCAACAUAAUAUAUUUUACUAUUAUCAAUCAGCAUAAUAUAUUACACAUUUAGUAUGUCUAUUUUUGGGGGAAGGUAUUUUGACAAAAUUUGUCCCUAUUUUAAAAAGCAUUUAUGAUUUUAAAUAAUAAAAGUCUGCAAUAUUUACAGUAAACUCCUCAUUUAACCAUAUCUUAAAAUUUACACUACAAAUUUUUUACUAAAACUAUUCAAAACUGGUUUAGGAUUUUAAUGCAUCAAAGUAAUGCUUAUAAGAUUUAUUAAUUAUCCAUAUUAAUAUUAUGAAUGCGAAAUUGUGUGUUUGUUUGUUAAAGCACAAUUGUUGUUCGGCGCACACACUGCACCGAUUUGUCGAAAUAGUAAAAGCGCCCAGUGGAACGUUUGACAUUUGUAAAGUAAAAAAUACACAACCUAAGAUAUGGUACAAACAUCUUAACAAUUUUCCACAUUUAAUGUAUUAACUCCUACACCUUCUUUUUACUAUGAAUUUUAAUAAUAUUCUUAGUUGUGUUAUGUGGUUUUUUUUUAUUUAGUUUUCAGUUACA